AUGGGAAAAGAGGAGCUAUCCGAGGGUGCCUUCCAUUACUGUACACCUGGUUCAAGUCUCAUCUGCCUACAAGUGGUCCGUUUGUUACUUCUACUCAAAAGUGGUCUCAAAGAAUCAUGGGACUUACUGCAAACGACAUUGUGUGGUACCAACUCCGAACAGGGGACUGACCCCGUAGCACUUGAGGAAAUCAGGAAGGCUUGGAAUAAUAUCCGCAUAGGUGAAAGAUCCACUUUGGGAGCCAAGAAUGCUAUUGCCAUGGAUCCUUACACUGAUUGGGUCAAGGAGAGAGUCAAGACACUUCGGUUACCAUUCCCGGAAGUUCCUCUCUUGUAUGCACAACCUCCAAAGAUAGUAGAAGCUGUGGUGCCGAGGGAAAGAUUUGAUCAAGUCCGCGUCGCAAAUUUGAGAUUGAAAGAGAAAGAUAGGGAUACGGAUUUGAAACACUACUUCAUUAAACAGACAAAGAAUGAGUUGGCCCGUGAACUUAAAAUGCUGAAAGGAGAAUCUUCCCAAGUUAGGAAGAGGACCAGAACAGAUAGAGGUGGGAAAGCUGCUGCUGCUUUUACUGAAGACCCUCAAGAAGUCAUAGAAAAGGCUGUAAAGGAAGCAGAGGAAAAACUCAAACGCGAAUACCAAGAGGACUUAAAAGCCCACAAUCUCCAACUAGAAAAAGAGACCAAAUAUAAGCUGAGGACUAUGAAAAAGAAGCUCGAAGAGGAAACUGCCCGGAGGAUGGUAGUUGAGAAGAAGCUUGAGGAGGAAAUUACCCAAAGGAUGGCAGUUGAGACACAGCUUAAAGGUAGUCAUCUCCGCUCCGCUCGACUAACAGAAGAGAAUGUCAAGCUCAGAGAUCAAAUGGCAGAUAUGGAGAAUGCACCCGAGAAGACUUAUCUCCCAGAUUGCAAAGGAUGUGACGAACUUAGGGAGUGCUGUAAAAAGCUGGAUGGGCAUUUGUUUUGCAAAGAUGAGGUGAUUCAAAGUCUUCUUAAAGGAAGGGAUCGAGAAGCAACCAAGAAACUGUUUUCUCUUUCAGCAAUUGCACCUCCACCUACACAUCGCUACUACACAAGAGCUAAUCAUUCACUGCAAAUGGAUCAGUUAAGGGACGAUCUUAUCCAGAUGAGAACCCAGGUUACUGCUCAGAUGGCUCAGUUCAUGGAAGUCAUGCAAAACAUGGUUGAUCGCCAAGAAGAACUCAGAAUCAGGAUGGACACAGUUGCUCAGGUUGUCGCGGAUCCCCCACAAAGAAAUCCUGCUGAUAUUCGUGUCAAUGGUGAGCCUGUGAUCGGAGGACCUGGUGUAAUUCCUCCUGCUGCUAAUCAAGAGGACCGACAUGAGGACUUGUUUCCUGAAAGUGAAUGGGGAUUUCCACAUGAUGCUGGAAGGAUGUUUAGAGGUCCGGAAGAGAGGAUGAGGGCAAUGGAAGGCCAAGGACUUGGUAUGGAUAUCAGUGAUUUGGGUUUGGUUCCUGGCGUCCGUGUGCCACCGAAAUUCAAAGUACCUGAUUUUGAGAAAUACAAGGGGAAUACUUGCCCUAAGACACAUGUCCGAGCUUACUAUCGCAAGAUGCAUGUAUACUCUAAGGACGAAGGACUGUUGAUGCAUUUUUUCCAAGAUAGCCUGACUGGGGCCUCCUUGGAAUGGUAUAUGAGGUUAGAGAGAACUCACAUCCGAAGUUGGAGGGACCUAGUUGAGGCCUUCGUGAAGCAGUAUCAGUAUAAUGUUGACAUGGCCCCGAAUCGCACUCAGUUACAGAAUCUAGCCCAGAAAGCUAAUGAGUCUUUCAAAGAAUAUGCGCAGAAAUGGCGCGAGUUGGCAGCUAGAGUCCAGCCACCUAUGUUGGAAAGAGAGAUGAUGGACUUAUUCACCAACACUCUGGAGGGCCAAUACUACUCCGCCUGCUCUGCAUCCUCGAGUUUCGCCGAAUUGGUUAUGAUUGGUGAACGAAUUGAAAGUGGGAUUAAGGCUGGUAGAAUACAGAAUCCAAGUGCUGCUAGUUCCUCUUCUGGGGCCGGUGGAAAGAAGCCAUACAAUGGGUUUGCCAAGAAGAGGGAAGGUGAGACUAGUGCUGCUUACUAUAGCGGGGGCAGAAAUCAGGCUCAUCAACAAGUAGCCGCUGUGACUAUACCAAAUGCUCCCUUCCAACAUCAACAACAAGGGUAUCCGCCACGUCAGUAUCAACAACGACCGAAAAUGCCAGAAAGGGUUUUCGAUCCGAUCCCAAUGGCAUAUGCUCAAGUACUGCCAUAUCUCCUCGAUUUGAAGUUAGUACAAUUGAGGACUCUAGCCACUCCUGCAAAGUUGCCUCCUAAUUGGGAUGCCAAUGCGAGAUGUGAAUUCCACUCUGGGGCACCUGGGCACAAUAUUGAAAAUUGUAAGGCAUUGAAAAAUCUGGUUCAAAAUCUUCUCGACUCUAAGGCCAUUGAGUUUACUCCUACUCAAGGACCUAAUGUUGUUCAAAAUCCCAUGCCUCCCCAUGGAACUCAUGCUGCAAAUGCCAUCGAGGUUGUUGAAGACGCUUGCUUGAUCAAGGAUGUGAAUGAAUUGGGUUCAUUGUUGCCAUUAUUGAAGACAGAAUUAUUGAGGAUGGGUCUAUACUCUGGUUGUGGAGAAUUCUGUACUGAUUGCAUGACCAUUUCCACAGUUUGUGAUAAGGUGAAAGGUGAGAUUCAACAGUUGAUGGAUAGUGGGUAUCUACAGUUUGAGCAUGUGCGACGUCCUGAAAGGGUUGAAAAUGUAGUUAAUGUGGUAUCCAUCACGUAUACUCCUGCUAAGAUUCCAGUUCCUGCCAGAGCGCCGCCCUUGGUCAUUAAGUUGCCUGGUCCCGUUCCGUAUACUAGUGAAAAAGCAAUCCCAUGGAAUUAUGGCGGAGAAGUUUUCUACCAAGGGGCCAAGUAUGAGAUUAAAAUGCCGGUUGAGAAAGAAGAAGUGGGUAAUGUCGUUGGCAUUGGAAGGAUGACAAGAAGUGGUCGUAUUUUCAAUCCUCCCCAGAAUACUCGCGAUGACAAUGCAGAAGCUCUAGCUCAAGCAAAAGGGAAAAGAGUGGUAGAAGAUACAGUGGGUCAGGGGAAAAGGUCUAACUCUGAGGACACUGUGGCCAAAGAGAUGGAAGAAUUCCUAAAGAUCAUCAAGAAGAGUGAAUAUAAAGUGGUUGACCAACUGAGUCAAACUCAAUCAAAGAUUUCGAUCUUACAGUUGCUCUUGUGUUCGGAGGCACAUCGAAAUGCUUUAUUGAGGCUUCUAAGUACUGCCUUUGUCCCUCCAGAAAUCUUAGUGAAUCAACUUGAAGGAGUGGUGUCAAACAUCAAUGCGGGUAAUGGAUUAGGAUUCACCGAUGCAGAUCUGCCUCCCGAAGGUAAAAACCACAGUAGAGCUUUACAUAUAUCGGUGGAGUGUAAAGGGACUAUGUUAUCACGUGUUCUUGUGGAUAAUGGAUCCUCUUUGAAUGUGUUGCCGAAGUCGUCCUUGAUGAGGCUAGAUUAUUCUGGUGUUGAGAUAAGGCCGAGUGAAUUGACAGUGAGAGCCUUUGAUGGGACGAAGAGAUCAGUGUUUGGGGAGGUAGACUUGCCAAUAAUGAUAGGCCCUCAGCUUUUCACUAUUACUUUCUUUGUGAUGGAUAUCCACCCGUCUUACAGUUGUCUCCUGGGACGUCCAUGGAUCCAUGCCGUUGGGGCCGUGACUUCCACAUUGCAUCAGAAACUCAAAUUCGCGACUCAAGGAAAGAUAGUCACAAUAUGUGGGGAGGAAGAACACGUGGUAAGCCAUCUUGCGUCCUUCAGGUAUAUUGAUGUGGAAGGAGAGGUCCACGAGACGCCUUGCCAAGCCUUUGAGGCUAUCCAGACUAUCAAGAUCCCUUAUGUUGAUAAUAAGAAGUUGGAGGCUCCCAUGUCUUCACUAAAGGAAGCUAAAGCUGUGGUUGAAUCCGGUCAUCCUGAAGGAUGGGGCCGAGUCUUGGAUCUACCAAUCAAGCAGGAUAAAUGUGGGAUUGGAUAUCAGUUGGGUCAGAGUUCAUCUAAUGAGGCCUCCAAAAAGUCCGGAACCUUCGUUCCGAUCAAGUUCUCUAGUGCUGGCAUCGUCAAGGAUCAUAUUUGCGCUGUUGAUGAUGAUAUGGACAGUGAUUAUGACAUUGAAGAAUGGAUCAAGCCGUGUAUCCCAGGACAGAAGCUUCUCAACUGGUCGUCCGAGGACAUCAUCUCAAUUGCUUCUGAUCAAGAGUAA